GAUCGGUUCCCAUAUAUAUCUCAAAGCCGGGGGGCUCAAACCGCGGAUAGUCGACCUAAUCUGAGGUCAAUUUGUUAGCUUAACUUUAAAACUCCGCGCGCCGGCCGGCUCUCGCGUGGUGGUGUUGUUGUUAUUAUUAUUAUUAUUAUUAUUAUUGUUGUUGAUGUUAUUAUAAUAUUAUAAAUAUAUAUACGCACACAAUAUAUAUAAUACGCGAGUUUAAGUAUAAAAUAUAUAUUUUAUACGUAUCGUAUUUAUACACGCGUGUUACGCGUAUAUAAUAUAAUAUUUAGGCGAACAUUGCAGUGCGUGAGUAACGGAAAAAACGCUUUUCCCGCCGUGCGUGUGCGUGACGAUUAAGUAUAAUAUUGUAAAUUUCAUUCGAGUCGGAUCGGCGGUAGUAUAUUAUAAUCGUGUAAAGUACCUAUACAUAAAACGCUAAUAUUAAUAAUUCAACCGAGUGUUCACUUCCGUCGUUUAAAUCCGGUGAUGGUCGUUGGCCUUUGAUAAGUGAAAUUUGAAAAUUAAAAACACGAAAAAUGAUGGAACGUCUGGAAAACCUGACCGACCCGAGUCUGUGUCUUCAAGACUUGGUGUCGUCGACGGGUUCCGAUCACCACAACGUUGCACUACAGCACGCGUCAUCGGCAUCGUUCCACCAUCCCGUGCACGACGGCAGCGCCGGAUUGCACCAGGGCAUGCUUGGACAUCACCACGUGCACCAUCACGACAGUCAUCACCAUCAUCAUCACACGGCGGUGCCUUGUCCGCCGUCACUGUUACACCACGAACCGCUUGAAAAACUCAAGAGAGUGUGGGCAGAGACGGGAGACUUCCGUGAUAACAAUCAUCAUGGCCUUUCUACGGACCAUACGUCACAGCUUAACUUUGGUUCAUCCAGAAGUAGAAACCGUGACAGAAAAGGGCGAGUGGAUACGAUCGGUGCUACCGGUAUAAAAACUGAGGGUAUAGACACGGGAGUUGGCGUGGUCGCCGACGACGGUAAAGACGCAAACAUUAAAAAUAACAAAAACACGAAAAGACAGAGGAGACAAAGGACUCAUUUCACUUCGCAACAGCUCCAGGAACUAGAGGCUACUUUCACCAGGAACCGGUAUCCGGACAUGAGCACCAGGGAAGAGAUAGCCAUGUGGACGAACCUCACCGAGGCCAGAGUCAGGGUAUGGUUCAAAAACCGGAGGGCCAAGUGGCGGAAACGCGAAAGGAACGCGAUGAACGCCGCAGCAGCUGCGGCCGUGGACUUUAAGAACGGGUUCGGAACACAAUUCAAUGGCCUCAUGCAGCCAUUUACUGAUACCGACUCACUAUACAGCACAGCUUACACGUCAUACAAUAAUUGGGCUACUAAGGUACCGAGCCCGUUGGGAUCGAAGACGUUCCCGUGGUCGGUGAACCCGCUGGGCACCGUGAACCAUCACCAUCACCAGGCGCCGGUCAACUGUUUCAACGCGGCCACUUCGGCGGCCGGUUCCAUGCUGCCGACGCCCGCGCCGCAGAACGGGCCGCCGUACUGCCCGCCCACGACGCCAUACUCGGUGUACCACCACCGGCCGGCCGAACCGUGCAACGUCAUGUCCAGCAGCAUCGCCAGCCUCCGGCUCAAGGCCAAGCAACACGCGUCCGGGUUCGGCGGUUACCAGCCCGCCGGUUCGCCGGGCUCGCUGCAGGCGCAGGCGCAGGCCAACGGCGGCAACCGGUCGUCGUCCUCGUCGUCGUGUCAGCAGCAGUACGGCGGCGGACAGGGAGCCGGCGGCGGGGGCGGCGGCGGCGGCGGAAAUUCCGGAAGCGAAGGCACCCGGACGCCCGUCUGACGUGAAGAGCGGACCGGAGGGAGCGUCCGGUACACGGUUGAAGACCUGUUGGACUUCAAAGAGGAAAUGGACGACGGCGACGGCGGCGGAGGCGGCGGCGGCGGUGUCGGAAGUGCGUCUGCCGCGGGCGGUGCCGACAGCGGUGACGAAGUCGACGGUGACGGUGACGAUGACGACGACGGCGACGACGACGAUGACGACGACGACGAAGAGGUGGACACGGGCGUUGACAGCUUAACGGUAGAUCAACUCCACCACCAUCACCAUCAUCAUCAUCAUCACCAGCAGCAGCAGCAGCAGCAGCAACAGCAACUCCACCACCAUCACCAGCAGCAGCAGCAACACCAACCGCAGCAACAGCAGCUGCACGUGGACGGCGGUGGCCGAACCCUCAAGCCACACGUUGAAUUGACGCAAAUGCACGCGGCCACCGUGGCCAUGCUCUAAUCGGUCGUCGUCUGCAUCGUCGCCAUCGUUUGUAUGUAUAUUAUUAUUGUGUUGUGUAUAUGUUAGCGUAAAAAAUAUAAUAUUAUUAAAUACAUAUUAUUUAGGUUAAGGA